AUGAUGAGCAGUUUGGGGGAGAACUGCAUGGAACCCCUGUUCUCAGAAAACCGGAAACGCAAACUCUCCACUUGCGACACACCUGGUCUCGGGAGUGAGCGGAAGCGGCGGGAGCAAGAAAGCAAGUACAUCGAGGAGUUGGCAGAGCUGAUCUCAGCCAACCUCAGCGACAUCGACAGUUUCAAUGUCAAACCAGACAAAUGUGCAAUCCUCAAAGAGACUGUGCGGCAGAUCCGCCAGAUCAAGGAACAGGGAAAGGCUUCCAUCAGCGACGAUGUCCAGAAAUCCGACGUGUCCUCAACAGGUCAGGGGGUCAUUGACAAAGACCACCUAGGGCCCCUUUUGCUACAGGCUUUGGAUGGCUUCUUGUUUGUGGUGAACCGAGACGGUAACAUUGUGUUUGUGUCGGACAACGUGACCCAGUACCUGCAGUACAAGCAGGACGAGCUCAUCAAUACCAGCGUCUACAACAUUCUACAGGAAGAAGAUCGGGAGGAGUUCCACAAGAACCUGCCCAAGACCAACAUAAAUGGAGUGUCGUGGGGAAACGAAGCAGCCCGACAGAAGAGUCACACCUUCAAUUGCCGAAUGCUUGUCAAAUUUGGCCACGCUCAUGGCACUAUGGAGGAGGGGCCAGGGGGGCCACGUUAUGAGACCAUGCAGUGUUUUGCCCUUACUCAGCCAAAGGCCAUGAUUGAGGAGGGGGAAGAUCUGCAGUCAUGUAUGAUCUGCGUGGCCCGUCGGGUUACAGCUAUGGAAAGAACUGAGAGCUUCAAUACCAGGCACGAGCUCUCAGGUAAACUGAUCCAGAUAGACCAGAACUCUCUGCGAGCAUCAGUGCGUCCCGGUUGGGAGGAUUUAUUGAGGCGUUGCAUCCAGAUGUUCCUCCAGCACAGUGAUGGACAACCGUGGUCUCACAAACGCCACUAUCACGAAGCCUUUUUGCAGGGCCAUGCCGAGACACCGCUGUAUCGCUUCUCCCUCUCCGAUGGCACGCCGGUCACAGCCCAGACAAAGAGCAAACUGUACCGUCACCCUAUGAGUAACGAGCCACAGGGCUUCAUCUCUACUCACCUCCUUCAGAGAGAACCGAAUGGUUACCGCUCAACUCAAGGUGGAAACAUGUUGGCCAACACCAUGAGACAGCAACCCAUGGGAGGCCCCAACCCGAAUGCCCAAAUGAACAUGAACCCCAGUGGUGGGAUGGUGAUGGGGGGCAUGGGCGGUACGAAUAGGGGCUUUGGAAUGAACGAGCAUGGGCACAUGGGCCAUAUGGGUCACAUGGGUCAGAUGGGUGGCUGCUCUGCAUAUGGAGGAAAUAGUGGGGGUGGAAAUGGGGGCAUGGCUAAUCGCAUGAUGCAGAUGAGUCAGAUGGGGCAUAUGAGUCAAAUGGGUCCAAUGAAUAACCCAAGUCAAGGCAUGCAGCACCACCCACAUCAGCCCCCCUUUCAGAGUAGCGGGGGCUAUGGGCUGAGUGGCUUGAACAGCCCUUCGGGGAGCCCUAGGAUGGGCGCCCCCCAGUCAGGACUUUUAAUGUCACCACGAAAUCGAGGAAGUCCAAAGAUGGGCGCCAAUCAGUUUUCCCCUGGAGGCAUGCAUUCUCCCAUGAGUGGCAUUUGCAGUGGUGGAGGAAGCAGUGGGAAUACAACAACCUACUCAAGCAGCUCCCUCAACGCCUUACAAGCUAUCAGUGAAGGAGUUGGGAACUCAAUUCCUUCCACACUGAUGUCGCCUUCGCCUGUCCAUAAACCAGAUAGUUCUCCUAGUGUCCAUUCGUCUUCCUCCUCCCAGCCUAACCAAAUGGCCAAACCAGGCCAGGAUGGGUCCAAAAGCCCAGUGGGAGGCUUGGGGCCAGGGCUUGGACCUGCUGAGCAUCCCCACACCUUGCACCAUCAUCAAGCUGAAAGCUCUGGAGACAGACCUGACAGUCAGGCAGCUACAGCAUCUAAAGAUUUGGGAGAAGGUAGCAAUGAAGUGCCCGCGGCAAUGUCAGAACCUACUCGAAGGGUACCGGACAGUAAGGGUCACAAGAAGUUGCUGCAGUUGCUGACUUCACCAACUGAGGAGCUCGGAAUAGGUGGAAGUGGACCUCCAGGGCCCAAUGUACCACAAGCGCCAACCAACAGUAGUACUCCGGUAACCUCAGAAAAUAAGGACCCUGCAGGGGGAAUGACUAGCCCUACAUCCACUGGGGUGUCCUCUUCUUCCUCUGCCAGUACCAUUUCAAAUCAGACAAGCGGGUUAGCCACAUCAGCCAACUACACAGGCUCACUCCAAGAAAAGCACAAGAUCCUCCACAAGCUACUUCAGAAUGGCAAUACGCCCGACGAGGUAGCAAAGAUCACAGCAGAGGCUACAGGAAAGGUGGCACUAGACAGUCAAGAGGGCAGUGAAGUCGGUACGGGCGGAUCGGGGGCUGGUAGUGGACCAGGCUUGAUCACUGAGCCAAAACAGGAGCAGCUUAGCCCCAAGAAGGAGAAGACCCACGCCCUUCUCCACUAUCUCCUUAACAAGGAUGAUUCCAAAGAGCCGGCAGACAUCAAGCCCAAAUUGGAGGAACUAGACGGCAAGGGACCCUCGGGAACAGCUUGUGGUCCCCCAGGUGGUGGCCCUUGCCAUACUCCUGAACAUCAUGAGAGCAAGAUCAAGUCUGAACCACCUGAUGAUUUGCACAACCUUGAGUCCAUCCUGGGAGAUCUAAGGGGCACCAGUUCUGCUUUUUACCCGGAUCAAGCCGGAGGCACCGGGCCAAACGAUGUCAACAAACCCCACGGUUGUCUUGAUGAGAGCUUUCAGGAGAGCCCAGGUUUGGGUCCAGGACAUCGAGGCCCUUUCCAGAGGGCAUUGUCUGUAGAUGGGAAGUCCCCUGGUGCGCUUGGAGGAGCAGGAAGGCGCCCCAUGCUUGUCAAGCAGGAGAAUGUGACGAAUAGCCCAGAUGGGUACCUAGGAAAUAUGGGACCAAUGAAUAGGGCUAUGGUGGCCCAGAGGUCUCCCAUGGGGGGAUCCGGAGACUGGGGUAUGUCCCGCUCCAGCACCAGUCCAGUGGGUUCAUCUGUUCAUCCCUCCAUGAUGCGCCCCAACAUGGAGUACAAUGGUAGCAAAGGAAUGAUGGCAGGCCCAAUGGGGGGCCGUUCUAAUAGUAACCCAGGACCUAGGUCUAUGUUGCAGCAGCAGCUCAUGGAUAUGGGUGGCUCCACUGACAUGGUGAUGAAUGUCAGCGGCUUCAACCAGCAGGGCCAACCCAACUCCUCAUGGCCGGACGCUCUAAUAAGCAUGGAAGGAAACCGACGCCAGUUUGCAAGCACCUUAGAUGAACUUUUGGCACCACCCACCACCAGUGAGGGUCAAAGCGACGAGCGGGCGCUCCUAGACCAGCUCGAUACUCUUUUGAACAACACCGAUGGCACCACUCUUGAGGAGAUAGACAGGGUUCUAGGCAUCCCAGACCUUGUCAGUCAGACUCAGGGAGCAGAUCAACAGCUGGAGCCUUUCACUGGACAAGAGCCUUCCAUGGUACUGGACCAAAAGCCUCUUUAUGGACAAGGCUAUCCAGGACCCCCUACCAUGGCCAUGCAAAGUGGCUAUGGCGGGAAUCCUAUGCAGGGACAGCCUCAACAAGGCGGAUUUGGGCCCAUGCUGUCUCAAAUGGGCCAAAGUAAUAGUUUCCCUGGCAUGGGUGGAAUGGGGGGCAUGGGGCACCCUCGUGCUAACAUGAUGAGGCCCAGGAUGAUGAGUGCUAACAAACCCAUGAGGCUCCAGUUGCAACAAAGGCUGCAGGGACAGCAGUUCAUGAAUCAGACACGGCAGGCCAUGGGCAUGAAGAUGGAAAACCCUGGAGGCAAUCCUGGCAUGAGGCCCACUAUGCAGGGGGGCAUGGCUGGACAGGGUUUCUUGAAUGCUCAGAUGAUGGCGCAACGCAGCAGGGAGAUGGUGACCAUGCAGAUGAGAAGACAGCGCAUGAUGAUGCUAAUGCAACAACAAGCUGCUGCAGGUGGAUUCAGCCCCCCACCAAACGUCACAGCUCCUGGCGGCAUGGACAGCAGUGUGGGAGGCCCAAACAUGGGUCAGCCUGGUCCACAGCAGUUUGGCUAUGGAGGGAAUUACGGUAUGAGCCAGCAGGGUGACCCCUCAUUCGGCCCAUCUGUUGCCAACAGUCCUCCUAACCCCAUGAUGGCGGGCCGCCUCGGGCCUCAAAACACCAUGAUGCAACAGCACCCACAGGGCAGUCCCAUGUACCAAGGCACAGACAUGAAGAGCUGGUCGCAGGGCGGCAUGGGACGAAACAGUUCGUACCCUCCCCAGCCAUUUGGUCAACAAGUGCCUCAAGGACAGCAGCAGUUCGGGCAGCAAGGAAAUCCUGGCCAAUAUGGGGGCAUGAUGAUGAAUGGUGGCAUGGCGGCUAGUGGAGGAGCAGGUCACAUGGGUCAGAUGGGUAUGAAUCCAAUGGUGAUGGGGCGCAUGAUGGGACAAGAUCAGCAUCAGUUCCUCAAAGUGGUGGUACUGCAGUAUUAG